AUGGGGCGCAUUCACACCAAGACUGUGAAGAAGGCGGCCAGGGUCAUCACUGAGAAGUACUACACACGCCUGGGUAAUGACUUCCACACCAAAAAGCACAUGUGUGAAGAGAUUGCCAUUAUCCCCAGCAAGAAACUUGGGAACAAGAUGGCCAGCUAUGUCAUACAUCUGAUGAAGUGGAUUCAGAGAGGUCCUGUGAGAAGUAUCUCUAUCAAAGAGAGAGAGAGAGAGAGAGAAGAGAGAGAUAAUUAUGUUUCUGAGGUCUCAGCCCUAGACCAGGAGAUCAUUGAGGUAGAUCCUGACACCAAGGAAAUGCUGAAGCUUCUGGACUUUGGCAACCUUUAG